AUGCCAUGCCACCACACGUGUGCCAGCAGACGAGCAUACCUGACGCUAACUGAUCACGACAGACCGCUCAAAGCCCAAAUCGGAAUCCGUGAGGUUUGGAAAAAGGAGGAUGGCGCACUCCAAACGGCUAUCAGGAAGCUCAAAGACAUCUUGGGCCACGAGGUGGACGCUGAGCCCGAAUGGCAUCUUUUGAUCGCCGAGCUUGACUCCUAUUAUCCCGACAAACUGGACCUCGUGGCUUGCGUCACCGGGUGCGUUCUAGUAUGCGUCAAGAGCAUGAUCGAGCUUUUGGAUGGCUCUGAACACGAAGCGUGGGGGGAGCAGUUGCUGGAAAAGGUCCCCUCUCGCCUCAGGAUCUUUAUAGCCGUUGCGGACUCGGACAAGGCCGCCACGUCGUGGUCGGAGCAGCGGCGAGGGUUUGUCGUCUCUCUUCCCAAGAAACAGGCCUUUCAGCUUCAACCAACCGAAUUGUUUCCCAUCUUUCGUGGCAACCUCCUUACUUGCUUCGAUACCGACAAGAAGCAAACCGAGCUUCCGGUUCGGGAUGCCCAGGCCACCACGACACCUGGAGACGACUGGGCAGAGGUAGAGGUCAAUGUCGACGCCUCCAAGCCACGAGCAAAGGUCGAGUUUCUUCCCGACGCGGCGUCUCUACCACGCCCCGACCAGCUGUUUCUUCGACCGCCCUAUUACCUGACCAUGACGGCAAGCACCAAGAGGAUCGAGUUGCACUGCAGCCACAGCCCUACCCUUCAGUUCUUGUCGGAGUAUCUGCAACGCUGGUGUCGGGUCAAUCACCAUGAUACCACCAAUCCUCCAGCCGUCCAGAUAACGCUCCAUCAGUCUGCGUUCGGGCUGGGCGAAAUGUUCAACUCGCUCGUCCUUAGCACGGAGCACACCCGGUACACAAACGAGUUCCAAGUGACGGCACCCAUGGUUGCUGCUUUGAUCGAGGGUGUGCUGGGAUACGAGCUGUUGCCGUCACUGGGUGGUUGGAGCUUUCGGAGGGAUGUUGAGUUUAAAACGCUAUGA